GGGAGUCGCGUGAGGGUGUCCUUGUACGAGCUCUCGCAGAAACCCUUUUCCGUCUCUCGCUCGCGACUCGCUCCAGGGCAGUCGGAGCUGGGUUUGCGAGCCAGCCUCCGUGGGUCGUGCCUAGGGCCUCGCAUGCUGUGCUUAUAUGCUGCAAGAUUGUCUUAGGGUGUAAUAGGCUUCUGACGCAGUGAUUAUGGAUAUGUUGAUAUCGGAGUUCAGUUCUUUUAAGCCACCAAAAUGUAGCUCGGGAGUGACAUGCACAUCGCAGUGGUAGAGGUAGAGAGCCGCGAGGGAAAGCGAGUCGAGUCCCCAGCCAUAUGGGAGUGAGGUGUUGACGUGAUCGCAGCUGUACCAGACUUGUGCAUCAUCCGAUCCACGGCCAUCAUGAACAUCCUGAGGUUGGGGAGAGAACCUCCGUCCCUUUACCACUGGACUGUCGUGCUGCUGGUGCUGGCGGCGGCUCUGUCUGCCCUGGGAUUCUCGGCUCAGGCCACUUCAGCAUUUGGACUUGACGGUACGAGACCGGAUCCGUCCUGGAAAGUUCUUCCAAACGGAGGCCUCUCGCGCGAACAGCCUCCGUCGCGCCCGGAGCAGAUCUGGGACAACCCGCUCCUCCGGCCGGCGUUCGACAACACGACGGAGACCAACAUCGUCACCUCGACGGGCCGCGUCGCCUACUUGCACUGCCGGGUCAACCACCUCGGGAACAGAGUGGUCACAUGGCUUCGGAAGCGCGACGCCCAUGUGCUAACCUCAGGCCUGUUCUCUUACACGAACGACCAGAGGUUCACCGCCCUGCACGCCGAGGGCUCGCCUGACUGGGUUCUCAAGAUAACCUACCCGCAGACGAGAGACUCCGGCAUCUACGAGUGCCAGGUGUCGACGGAGCCCAAGAUAUCGAGGUUCUACACCCUCAACGUCGUGGAGUCUGUUGCUGUGAUAGAAGGUUCUCGCGAUAUCCACAUGAGCGCUGGUAACACACUCAACCUUACCUGCUCUACGACCGUACGUGGGGACCUCCCAACUUAUUUCUACUGGUACCACAAUGACAAGGUAGUCCAGUACACCGGCAAGAAGGACGUGUCGGUGCAUACGGCGGACGGAAGGACCCAGCUCGUGGUGAGGGACGUCGGCCCAAAGCACUCCGGGAACUAUACCUGCGCCCCUGAAAACGCUGCCCCCGCCACCGUCACGGUCUUCGUGCUCAGCGGCGAGCACCCGGCGGCCAUGCAGCACGGAGAGAGUUCCACGGCUGUUCCUCGGGCUUCUUUCCUCGUCCUACUCGCUCUCUGCUCUGCCUUCAUCCUCUUUGCUAGAUGAUGGGAUAACCGACCAGCUUCUGAAGCGAGCGGGCGAUGAGGAGAGUGUGAGGAGAGCGUGGUGCAGGUGCUUUCCUCGCCUCCAGUUAGUUAAGCGAGUUAUCAGUUCGCUGGAGGAAGUUCGCCGGUCAUUCUAAUUUCUUAAGUCUUUUUCUCUUUCUUUUCCUCUUUUAUCAUCAUUAUUAUUCUCUUUUUUUCUUCUUGCGGUUCUCCCUAACUUCGUCUUCAAUUAUUUUUUUUUUAACUCAUCCUCUCGUUGCUGGAGUGAGAUCAUGGGAUUCUUUUGGAGAAAGUUAAUUUUUCUUCUCAUAUUCUAAAAAAUUAUUUCUUAUCUAUUUAUUCAUUUAUCAGCAUUUUAUCUCGUCUAAAAUGAUUCUCUAUGUCAUGGUGUUAUCUUCAGCGAUUCCUGGUUAUCAUUUUUUUUUCCCGACAGGUUUGGGAAACGUCAAUCUUCGCGGUAAAUAGGAAAGUAAGAGAGAGA